AUGUGGAAUGAUCAAUCGAGAACUGAUGGAGGAUUCUUCAACAGUCAAAACGAAUUUGGAAAUGUAACUAACACUCCCAACCAAAGGCAAAAGUCUGCAAGACGUGCUUCACGCACUGCUCCAAUUGUUAUUAAGCAGGCUUUAAAUUGUGGGGACGAAGGUGUUAAAAUAUGGGGCACAGAAAUACAAAUUGUGUCGAUUGUUGCUCGUGUUCAAAAUAUUAGAGAACAAAGUACCAAAAUCACAUAUACAAUACAAGAUAUAACUGGAAGGAUGAAAGCUGUUCUCUGGUUAGAACAAGAAUCAAUGGAUGAAAAUGAUCAAUCAACACCCAAAGUUAAUGUCAAUGAUUACAUACAAAUUUACGGCAAUGUGAAAACCAAUAAAGGAAGGAAGGUUCUGAUGGCUUUCAAAAUUAUGCCUGUAACCGAUGUCAAUGCCAUUACAUUCCACUACUUGCAAUGUCUUAAUAACAAACUUAAAUUACAACCUGGUAUGAAAAAGGAUGUGGAACCCAUUAAUAAUUCUUCAAUGAUGGGUGGAUUGCCGGCCAACUCGAUGGUCGGAAUGAAUGAUAACAUGUCAUUCAAUGGAUUGAAUGCCCGUCAAGUGAUGGUGUACAAGUUGAUAUCAUCGGCUGCAUCAGACCAGGGUAUAAGCAAACAGGAUUUGCUAUCAAACUUGAGAGAUCGUAUGACUGAGGUUGAAUUAGAGAACAUUCUGGAAUUCAUGUGCAAUGAAGGUCAUAUAUAUUCAACGAUUGAUGAAGAGCACUUCAGGGCUACUUAA